AUGACUGGACCUACUUGCCAAGAAGAGAUCAAAGGAAGAAAUGCUGUCCUUGGCAAGAGUCAUGAAACCAGAGGAAUGUUUAAAAUAGUGUCUGGAGCAACAUAUACUCCCAGUUUACAAGACAAUCUAUCAACUGAUUUCAAGGUUCUUGCUUAUGACCUUCAGCAAAUGAUGGAUGGAAUAUUUCUAACAAGUAAUUUGAAGGAUGAAUACAAGAGUUCCAAAGUUUUGCAGUUCAAAAAUGGCAGCAUUUUAGUCACCUUUGACCUCUUCUUUGCCAAAUGGAUAUCAGAUGAGAACGUUCAGAAUGAGUUGAUUCAAGGAAUUGAUGCGAAUAACCAACUGAUGAAUUUACAAAUUGAUGUGAACAGCAUCUAUGUCGCAGGUGCUGACAAACUUACAACUAGCAAUCCUCCAACCACCAAAGGUCAUAUCUCGGUUGAAUGCCUUCCUGGUUCAAAACUUUGUGCUGAUGCUCUAAAUUGUAUACCUGAACAACUGUUUUGUGAUGGAGAACCAAACUGUUCUGAUGCUUCUGAUGAAAACAGCACGACUUGCGCUACAGUUUGUGAUGGAAAUUUUAUGUUGACUGGAUCCACUGGAUAUUUUCAUUCAUUCAAUUAUCCAGGACCUGAAAACUCAAAUCACUUUUGCCAGUGGGUUAUACGAGUGCAACAAGGCUUUUCCAUUAAGCUGAAGUUCAGUUCUUUUGAUAUAUAUUACUCAGACAUAUUAAAUAUUUAUGAAGGUAUAGGACCAAAUAAAACAUUAAGAGCUUCCCUCUCAGAGACUAAUCCAGGAACAAUAUACAUUUUUUCUAACCAGGCAACUGUAAACUUUCUCAUAAAUUCUAAUGAAAAUGAUUACGGUGGUUUUAAUGCAACAUAUUCUGAAUUUAAUAGCCAUGAACUCAGCAAUUAUGACAAGAUUAACUGCAACUUUGAGGAUGGAUUUUGUUACUGGAUCCAAGAUCUAAAAGAUGACAAUGAAUGGGAAAGAAUUCAAGGAAAUACUUUCCCCCCUCUGACUGGACCAGAUUAUGACCAUACGUUGGGCAAUUUUUCAGGAUUUUAUAUUUCUACCCCAACGGGGCCAGGAGACAGAAAAGAAAGAGUGCGGCUUUCAAGUCUCUCUUUAGUUCCCUCUUCAGAUCCAGUCUGCCUUAGCUUCUGGUAUUAUAUGUAUGGUGAGAAUGUCUAUCGCUUAAGCAUCAAUAUCAGCACCAAUGAUGCAGAAAAGACAAUUUUUCAAAAAGAAGGAAAUUAUGGCCGAACGUGGAAUUAUGGACAAGUAACGAUAAACGAAAACGUUGAAUUUGAGGUUCUUAUUGAUGGUUAUAAAAAUGGAAUGUGGAGUGACAUAGCAUUGGAUGACCUUAACCUAGCAAGUGGGAUUUGCAAUAAGAGUGCAUAUCCAGAACCAACUCCGGUUCCCACUCCACCAGCAGAACUUCCUACUGACUGUGGAGGACCUGUGGAACUUUGGGAACCAAACACAACUUUUUCUUCUAUGAAUUAUCCAAAUAACUACCCCAAUCAAGCUUUCUGUGUCUGGUACUUAAAUGCUGAAAAAGGGAAGAACAUUCAACUUCACUUUGAAGCAUUUGACUUGGAAAAUAUUGCUGAUGUUGUUGAAGUUCGAGAUGGUGGAGGUGACGACUCCUUAUUGUUGGCUGUGUAUACAGGAUUAGGUCCUGUAAAAGACAUCUAUUCCACUACCAACCAGAUGACGGUGCUCUUCAUCACUGACGAAGAACUAAACAAAAGAGGGUUUUUAGCCAACUUUACCACUGGCUACCACUUAGGAAUGCCAGAACUCUGUAAGCAAAAUGAAUUUCAGUGUGUGAAUGGAGACUGCAUUCCAUUGGUUAAUCUCUGUGAUAAUUAUCAACAUUGUACUGAUGGUUCAGAUGAAACAAAUUGCGUUCAGCUCUUCAAUGGCACCCUGAGUGUCGACGGCUUGGUACAGUUCAGGAUUCAGAAUGCCUGGCACACGGCGUGUGCAGAGAACUGGAACGACCAACUUUCAGAUGAGGUUUGCCGCUCCUUAGGACUGGGGAAUGUGAAUACAUCAUCACAGUUUUUUUCAUCCCGUGGUGGACCAUUUGUCAAACUAAGUAUGAGCUCUAAUGGCAGCAUAAUCAUGAUGCCCAGUGAAAAAUGUUUUAACGAUUCGCUGAUUCACUUACACUGCAAUCAUAAACCUUGUGGGAAACAACUAGUAGCUCAAGAAAUCAACCCAAAAAUUGUUGGUGGGAAUAAUGCCAAGGAAGGGGCAUGGCCCUGGAUGGUUUCUCUGUUUUUCAAUGGACGCCAUGUCUGUGGUGCUUCUCUUAUUAGCAACGAGUGGCUAGUCUCAGCAGCACAUUGUGUAUAUGGGAGGAAUUUAAUAACAUCUCCGUGGAAAGCCAUCCUAGGCCUUCACACUACAUUGAAUCUGACAAAUCCUCAAACAGAAAUUCGGCUGAUUGAUCAAAUUAUCAUAAAUCCACAUUACAAUAAACGAACAAAGGACAGUGACAUUGCUUUGAUGCAUCUUGAAUUCAAAGUGAAUUACACAGACUACAUACAACCCAUUUGUUUACCUGAAGCAAUUCAAGUCUUUCCUCCAGGAAUGAAAUGUUUUAUUGCUGGCUGGGGUACAAUCAAAUAUGAAGGUCCUACUGCUGCCAUACUGCAGGAAGCCCAGAUCCCUCUUCUGUCAAAUGAGCAAUGCCAACAACAGAUGCCCGAAUAUAAUAUUACGGAGAAUAUGAUCUGUGGAGGCUACGAAGAAGGAGGAGUUGAUUCCUGUAAGGGAGAUUCUGGUGGACCAUUAAUGUGCCAAGAAGAUGAGAGAUGGCUCCUUGCUGGUGUUACCUCAUUUGGACACCAGUGUGCAUUGCCUAAGCGUCCUGGGGUGUAUGUUCGAAUAUCAAAAUUUGAAAAAUGGAUAAAAAGUUUCAUACCUGUUGAUGUCAAUAGAAACAGUCUGCCCUGAUAGUUUCCUCGUGUUCUAUUUAUUUAUUCUUCAAAUAUCCAAUGAAGCCGUAACUUCAUUCGUGUGCAUAGUCCCUCUUCUAGUACAUAUUGCCACCUCUCCCUAUUUUUGCCCAUGUACUCUGUGAAGGAUGCAUAGUUCUCCGCUCAUUCUGCUUGAAUACCAUUAUAACCUAUAAGUGUCAAUCCUGCCGCUCUUUGUACUUUUUCCUUCCUGAUUAUGUGUUGAUCAAAUGGUUAAUCAUUGUUUUAUGGCAUUCAGUGAUCCGUAUUCUUCCCUUCCUCUCCUCUCCUCUCCCCAAGAGGGCAGAGAAUAUACUAUACACAUGCUAUCGUGCAAUGCAUAUUUCCAAGUUUGUCAUGUUGUGAGAGAAGCCACAUAUCACUUACAUAGGAAAAGAGCUCCUGGAGAUGAAGUGAAAACGGUGAGCUUCCAUCUGCGUCCAGACUCGAGAGCUGCGGAGCCUCUUUUGGUCAAGAGCUUCCUGGAGUUGUUUGGAUCCUUGUAUGGCUGACAAUAGUGCAAGUGCUUCACAGCUGAGCAUCGUACAUCACUGCUGGGAUGGUGGAGAACAUCCUCCUCAUUUGCUCCCUUCAUAUGUCUUCCUAGGCUUUUUGGUGUUCAUCCUACCCAGCAUUCCUUGAAGCUCAAUAGUUUCCAUUGCCGUCCUAUACCACAACUUGUUCCUUUGUGUUUUCUAGCAGGCAAACCUUUUCUGGUCAUUUGGAUUGUCCAAUGUUUAUUAAAAUGCUGUAUACACAAGUCAAA